ACCCCCCACUCCCGCCCCCUCCAGCCCGGGGCCGGCGGCUCCGUUAUGGCUGCGCUGCGGAGGCUCCUGUGGCCGCCGCCUCGGCUCCCGCCGGCGCCCGCCCCGCACCACCCGCUCCCCGGGCCGUGGGGGCGGCCGGUGGGCACGGCCGCGGGCCCUCCCGGCCGGCCCGCGCCCUGCCGGGGGGAGGAGGAGGACGGGGCCGUGGCGGAGGCGGCGUGGCGGCGGCGGCGGCGCUGGGGGGAGCUGAGCUUCGCGGCGGCGGCCGGCGGGGGGCUGGUGGGCCUCGUGUGCUACCAGCUGUACGGGGACCCCCGGCCCGACUGGGCGCGGGCGGCGCCGGCCCCCGGGGGGCCCGCUCUGGAGCCGGAGGAGCCGCCGCGCGGCCGGGCGCUGCUGCCCAUCCCGGUGGCCGCGGCCAAGGAGACGGUUGCUAUUGGCAGAGCAGACCCUGAAGACUUAGACCUCUAUGCUUCAUCUCGGGAAAGGCGCUUUCGUUUGUUUGCCUCUAUAGAGUGUGAAGGGCAGUUAUUCAUGACUCCGUCUGAUUUCAUUUUGGCUGUUACAACAGAUGAGCCCAAACUUGCUAAAACAUGGAAGUCACUUUCCAAACCGGAAUUAAAUCAAAUGCUCUCUGAAACACCGCCAGUUUGGAAAGGAUCAUCAAAGCUAUUUCGAAACCUUAAAGAAAGAGGUGUGAUUUCUUACACAGAAUAUCUUUUUCUCUUGUGUAUUUUAACAAAGCCGCGUGCAGGAUUUAGAAUAGCUUUCAACAUGUUUGACACUGACGGGAAUGAGAUGGUGGACAAAAAGGAGUUUUUGGUGCUUCAAGAGAUAUUCAGAAAGAAAAAUGAAAAGAGAGAAACUAAAGGAGAUGAAGAAAAGCGUGCAAUGCUGCGUCUUCAACUGUAUGGAUACCAUUCGCCUACUAGUAGUGUACUUAGACCAGAUGCUGAGGAACUUGUCUCCAGAAGCUACUGGGAUACACUGAGACGUAACACAAGCCAAGCACUCUUUUCAGACCUCGCAGAGCGUGCUGAUGACAUUAUGAGUUUGGUAACAGAUACCACACUUCUUGUACACUUUUUUGGAAAGAAAGGAAAAGCUGAGCUCAACUUUGAAGAUUUUUAUAGGUUCAUGGAUAACCUCCAAACAGAAGUUUUAGAAAUAGAAUUCCUUUCCUACUCUAAUGGAAUGAAUACCAUCAGCGAAGAAGAUUUUGCUCAUAUUCUUUUACGAUAUACAAAUGUGGAAAAUACAUCCGUAUUUUUGGAAAAUGUGCGUUACAAUAUAGCUGAAGAAAAGGGCAUCACAUUUGAUGAAUUCAGGUCAUUUUUCCAGUUUUUGAACAACCUAGAAGAUUUUGCAAUCGCCUUGAAUAUGUACAACUUUGCAAGUCGUUCUGUAGGGCAAGAUGAAUUUAAGCGUGCCGUCUAUGUGGCUACUGGUCUCAAACUUUCACCACAUUUAGUGAACACAGUCUUCAAGAUUUUUGAUGUUGACAAAGAUGAUCAACUAAGUUAUAAAGAAUUUAUUGGAAUUAUGAAAGACAGACUCCAUAGAGGAUUCCGGGGUUAUAAAACAGUUCAGAAGUAUCCCACUUUCAAAUCCUGUCUGAAGAAGGAACUGCAUAGCAGAUAAGUACUUUAAAGCAAAGUUUAAAGAAUUUAUCUACAUAACAAAUGCAAGAAGCAGUGAUUUCAGAGAAAUGAAGGUCAGAAACUUGCAGAAAUGAAGGAAAAGGUGAAAUGCUGAUUAUAUUUUUUCUUGAACUGGAUUCUUGAAUAUAAGACAGAUAAACUUUAUCUUCUUACUAACUACAAAUGCUGUAUAUUAUCAGGUUAAGCUUUUGCCUUGAUUUACUGAACUUUGCACUUUUUCAUUCCUUUCAGAAGUACAUAGAUACUUCCACUGACUAUAUAAGAAUGUAUUUUAAAUAUUUUAAAAUUUACUACAAAUUUGCCUAACUUCAAAAUAAUGUAUGAUUCCUGGAAUCUAGAUCAUUUAAAAAUGAACAAUGGCAUAUUAUCUUUGGUUUUAGACUGUGAACUUAUUUUAAGAAAGUGAAUAUUUCUUAAGAUUUAAAUUAGGGCCUGAGAAUUGUUGAUAAAUCCCUAUUAUUUAUAUGAUGUUCAGUUACAUUGAAAAUGUCCUGAAAAACAAAUAGAAAUUAAAAUACUAUACAAUACGAUGAUUUACACUGUACUUUUAUCUGUUAAAACUACUAAGUUAACAAGGUAUUAUUUGAGUCAUAUAAACUUUUUUGAAGGUCUUGUUUUUUGAAGAAUGUCUAGUAUUCUUUUAUGUAUACAGUAAAGAAAUUUAAAAUGUAGGUUUUUCCUCAAAAAAAGUCCUGUAUUGGAGGUAGAAUAGUGGUAGCUGUAGCAUUAGUCACCGUCAUUGUCAUUACUGUUUUAACAUGAUGCUGCUCCUGAUUACAGAUGGUGUAUGUUAAUAGCACUAGUAAAAAUCAUGUCUUUUUUUAAGUAUCUUAAGUUUUACAUAUGUCUCCUUUUUCCCCAAUUGACCCCCCAUCCCAACCAUUCCACCCAGGCAAGCCCCCACCGCCCCAGUGUCUGUGCCCAUUGGGCAUGCUAAUAUGCAUGCUUACAAGCCCUUUGGUUGCUCUCUAACCCCCCACCUCCAUUUGUCUCUGAAUCUAUUUUUGUUUAUCUAAAAAUCAUAUCUUAUAAUUUGUAACUUAUUGCUCAUUGUUAAUAAAUGUCUAUAACAUUCAAAUGUAAAAGACUAAUAUAAAAUGGUUUAAGGACUUAUGUAAAUAUUAGGUAGAAGUUAAUAUUUUGUUUCUUGCAAAAGGACCACCUGCAAAAGUGAUAACAAAUAGUAAUAAUGAAUAAUGUAAUGUACUUCAUUAUUUCAAAGUCUGUCUUAAAAGAGAAAAGAAAAACUGUUAAGAAAUAACAACAUUCGAUUUUCACAUGGAGAAAAUUUGAUAGUACUUAAUGGAAAUCUGUUCAAUUGAAAAGUUUAGUUUAUAAAAGAUUACUAUACAACAAAAGUAGAACAAUAAAUUAAAAUUAAAAUGUUAAUAUAUUAUAUGUAUAAGAUAUAUUCAUUUAUCUUCUUUUCCAAGAUGUAUUUACUGUCAUUUGUACACACUCCAGCUAUUGCCUUGCUUUUGCAUAUGAAAACAAGAAAUACUGACUUUGUUUUUAUAAGUUAUUAAAUGUGAAAUUGAUAGCUGUGCAUCAGCCUAUUUAUAAUAGUAAUGCUAUAUCCAAGAAAAUGUUAUUAGCAUUGACCAUGUAUUUACCUUUUUACAUUCUUCAUCGAUAUUAUUUAUUACAUUAAUGUAGCAAUGUGAUUCAUAAAUGUGAGGAUUCUAUGUAGUAUAAUAAUUUAAUUUCACCUUCUUUCAAGUUUGAUUCAAUUGAUGGACUAAAUGAAAAUGCCUAUUCACUCAUUUAACAUAUCCUGAUCUAUGUUACCUUACCUAAAUCAACAUUAUUUGCUAUCUAAAAUAAUUGAAAAAUGCAGUUUACUUUUAUCUUUUACUAUAAGUUAUAUUAUCUUGCAUACAUGGAAAAAUUGCCAUUUAGGAACGUCCUAAAAUGUACAUUAAAAACUAAAUAUAGCUCAUUAAAAUUAUUUAUAAUUCUGUCAUUCUCCCAAGGAAUACUACAUUGUGAUCUUUAUUCAUAAUUGCUUAUCAGAGUGAAUGGAUAUUCAUUUGUUUAUAAGACUAUAGCAUAAUAUUAAAAUUGGAAUAAAUAAAAUAUUCUGGUCAAUUAAAAUGGAAAAGAAUAGUAAAUUACAAUGAUUCCCUACAUAUUAUCACUCAUGAACUUUAACCCUCUAAUUAAAAUGAGAGGUAAAAAAAAAAAUCUUUUGAUUGUUGUCUAUAUCAAAUGAAAAAUUUUAAGUGCUUUGAAAAUAGUAAUAUACUAAAUACAUUUAUGCUAGUAUUCUCAGAAUUUCCUUCUACAAAUUAUUCUUUGGAAAGAUGUAAAGCAACCUUACAUUCUUAUAUUAUCUGAAAAUAAAUAUGCCUGAAUCAAGAAA